AUGGCAAUCAUGCACUCGCAGAACGUGCUAUUCGACGGCGUAUACAUCAACAGCACUAGCAAUAACGGGUACCCUGCCAGGAACACGGACGGCGCAGAUACCAUCGACUCGGACCGCAUCACGUUCCGCAAUAUGUACAUCCGAAAUGGCGACGAUGCGGUUGCCAUCAAGGGCAACUCUACCAUCAUCCUCAUUGAAGACUCCACCAUGGAUCACUCUCUCAGUAUAGCCUUUGGCAGUCUUGGACAGUAUAAGAACGGGAUUGAACACGUUGAGAACGUCACUAUGGGGCGUAUCAAGGGCUUGGGGACUCGGCACGGCGCGUAUGUGAAGAUAUGGACUGGAGAUCAGGUUUCUUACCCACCGAACGAAGGUGGAGGCGGCAUCGGAUGUGAGUAA